AUGUCGUCUACUGCCAGCAUUGGCACAGCCACCCCACCAGCUGACCCUGUGAAAGGACCAGUACCAUGCAUAACAGCGGAGGAAGUAUGGCUUGCUAUAGCAAGGACAAAGAACUGCAAGGCUUCUGGUCCAGAUGACAUACCAAACGAAUUCUGGAAAGAAUGCGGAUGGCUCGGUGCCUCAUGGCUUGCAGGCCUCUUCAAU